GGGGAAGAUGGCGAGGGACGUCCUCGGCGGGGCAGCUGAGCCCGGGGCGGUGCGCCCGCGAGGCUGUCUCUAUCUCUGUCUCCCAGCGUGUACAGUGCUGCGCCCGCUGCCGCGCGUGUGCUGCUGCUCUGUGGCGCUGCCUCCCCCCGUGCUGUGGUGGCGAGCGGGGCCCUUACUGGGGGGGGGGGUAUGAAAAAGUGUGGGGAGCGGGCAGGUCUCUGGGGAGAGGGAAAAUGUGAAGAAGGCAGAGGGCCUGGUGUCUUUUGUGAGGUAAAUCAACGCUUUAGAAGAUUAAGUACCGUGAAUUAGGUACAUUGGAUAAAGGUGAAAAGCGCAGCGGUGGAAGAAAAAAGAGUUAACGUUUUCCCUUAAGAUGUUAUGAAUCAAAUGAUUUUUUCUUUUUUCUUUCUUUUUUUUUUUUUUUCCUGUGGGAUCGAUAGUUGUUAUCGUGUGGGCAUUUUUCCCACCCAGAUAGGAAAUCUUGUAUUUCCUAAACAAGGUUUAAUGAAAAAGCAAAGGUUUUAGUCUGUUACGUGCACGAUUUUACAUUUUGGGAAGCGGAGUCCUUUGCAGAAAGAAGGCAUUUGUUAGAAGGAAGGACGCAUGAGAAAUAAAAGUAGGAGCAACUGGAGACAGAAAGACAAAAGUGAUCUUAAAGCAUGAAUGGUUUUAUUCAUCUUUGUGCUAUUAUGAGAGGUACAUUGUUCAGUAACAAAUUUUCUGAAAAGUACAGGUCAAAUCUGUAAUAUUUUCUUUAAAAGUAAAGUAUUCCUUUUCUUUCACGUUAGUGACUUCUAUUGGCAGGCUUCAAAGUUGCUACAAACCAUAUACUUCCAAUAGAAACAGCUACACCCCGAGUUGUCAGUGCUUGCAGCUCUGUCAGUCUGUAUCAGAGAAACAGCAGAUGGAUUCAGCAUAUGAUCUGUGGCUUAAAACAAAUCAGAUUUGGAAUCAUUAUCAUGGCUUAUUCUACAUGAAGAAUACUGCAUUCUACCAAGAAGCAAAAUGGAAAAACCAAGCACAAUGAAAGCAAAAGACAGCCCACCUUGAACCAAGGCAACUUAUGUUGCAAGGCAGUCCUUAGCAACCUGAAGCCAAACAGAGCUCCUUUGUGUUAACAGAGUAAACUCAAGCAAAGAUGAUUAUGGCUUGUUUACAGAGUCUGGUCAGGUGCUUCUAGCAAAAAAAAAGAGCUUUGAAGUUAGAGAAUGAGGGGAUCGGAGAUUCAUCUUGGAGACUCAGCUGUGGCACGGGGCUAGCUGCAAACCGCGGGAAGCUCUAACUGAAGCCAGGGGUUUGCACGGUGGGUAAUUGUAGAGUUCUCUGCACCAUUUAGUUCAAUGACCAGCCCACCAAGGAUGACACACUGCUGUAGAGGUAUGCAAAAGCAACCAACAUCACAGGCUCACAGUUCUGAAGAGCUGCUAUUCUGCUCUACCAGCCACAUCACCAGGGCAACAUGGCAUUCGCAGGCAAAUACGAAUUCGAAGGCGAUGAGAACUAUGAUGACUUUGUGAAAAAGAUUGGUCUCCCCAGUGACAAGGUUGAAAUGGGAAGGAAUUGCAAAAUUGUCACUGAGGUGGUGCAAAAUGGAAAUGACUUCACCUGGACGCAGCAUUUCCCAGGAGGCCACACCACAACCAAUGCAUUCACAAUUGGCAAGGAAGCAGACAUGGAGACAAUGGGUGGUAAAAAGUUCAAGGCAACUGUUAAAAUGGAAGAAGGGAAAAUAGUAGCUGAUUUUCCCAACUAUCAUCAUACUGCAGAGAUUUGUGGAGGAAAGCUAGUAGAGAUUUCUACUGCUUCUGGUGUAGUCUACAAAAGAACCAGCAAAAGGAUUGCUUAAGGCACUAAAGCCAGUCUUUGCAGUAAACUGGGAAGCAAACAACAAUACAAAUAAUUAAAAGAGUGCCGAUUGUCUUUCCCUCUUUCUUUGUGUUACAAACAAAGAAUUGGUUUUGAGUAAUGUUAUCCUCAACAUUAAUAAUUACCCCAUUCCUAAAUAUCUGACAAAUACUCAAAAAUCAGAAGAUGCAACAAAGAAUUUAAUAAUGCUGUCCAGUUUUUCAGGAUGUGAUAAAUACUAGGCAUAUUCAAAUGUUGUCUACCACCUACUUAAGAGCAACUCUAUUCAGCUUCUGUCUAAAGAAUAGGACAGUACUCUGCCCCAAGCUUUCAUCAAAAUGCAAGAUGAAAGUCUUUUGCCCUGUUGCUGGUUGGAAGGCAGAAAUUUAGGAGCUUGAAAACAGGAGAAAGUCAGUUUAUCACACAUUAAAAGAUAUGCUUUCUUACUGCAA